GAAGUAUUUUAUAAGUGAACGAACAAAAAGGAAAUCGAAUAAAACAAAUAAAACACAUUAAAAAACAAAAGAUGGAUGCUGUUGAUCGCUACGACAUGGAUAUUGAAGCUGAAGAGGACAUUGAAGAGGAUGCGGACACCAAACCUGCAUCCGGAGGUGGCGAUAUGAAAAGGAGACAUCGUUUAAAUUCCAUUUGGCGUUUCCAUCCGUUUCAUGGCGCCAAUGUUGUGUUGCUCGAGAACUCCUCGGUAGCUUUGAGACACAAAAGCUUUGCGGAUGCGCUCCUGUUUUCGGAGCAGCCUCUAACACCCGGUGAUAUAUUUCUCGUUGAGAUCGAACAAAUUGAGAGCGAGUGGUCUGGGCACAUGCGCAUGGGCCUAACACUAUUGGUACCUGAUACUAUGAGUGGCAACGAGGACCUGCCACGUUUCUCCUUGCCGGAAAUGUCAAAUUAUGGCAACACCUGGAUAUUUCCAUUAUCUAAGUAUGCACAGGAUCAUCCCAGUAUUUAUCAAGCGCUGCCAUAUCGUAAUCUUUUGGGGGAAUCGACACAUGUGCGCACGCCCCGUGGCUUGCUGCCAAAAAAAUUACUCUAUCCGACAGUGAACAACGAGGGCUCUAACAUGCCAUUAGGUGCUAUAGGUUGCCGGAUCGGAAUGAUUUACGCGCCGACCGAAAACAAUCCGCUAAAUGCUGAACUACACUUUAUCAUAAAUGGUGUGGAUAAAGGGCCGGCCGCGAAAAACAUUCCAUUACAAGCAGCUCCUUUGUACAUCGUUAUUGACUUAUAUGGCGCAACAAAAAAAAUUCGCAUCAUACAGCUAGAUGGUCUUCAAUCGUUGCAAGGCAUUUGCCGCAACGUCAUACACGAGAACUUUACCGCUGACGAGGUUAUGGAUUGGUCGAUUCCUAUCACCAUUAAACGUUAUUUGUUACCGAAUUGUUAAUAGUUGAAGAUUUGACACGAUUACCAUUCAAAGGGGUGGAGUGGUGAACAAUUGGGGAAGCAUGAAAGCGAGUGUCGAUGAACUUUUAACACACUCCGAUAGCUAUUACGGCCAAAGACACACAGUUCAAUUGUUAUAUUAAAUUUUGCGUUCUAUUUCAUUAUUCGUUACAAUUUUAACACGAUCCAUAUAAUCAUUCCAAUCUUGUUUAAAUUA